AUGUCACCACGGGGAAGUGAACUGCUGAAUUACUUUCAGACUUUUUGUUUUUUGUCUACUUGCGUAGCAGACCUGUGCAACUGGAGAGGAAGCGGUUUGCAGGAGCCUUACUCAGGAGCAGUGCAACAGGUACGACUCCGUUGUACCGAAGGUUCUGUAGAAUGGGUCUAUCCAAGCCAGGCGCUGCGGGUUGUCCUGGACCCCAAUCUGUCCACAGUGCGACACACCACGGUUUGCAUUAAACCUCUCCGAGGUUUCUAUGGAGCCACAGUGUACAUUGAACGCGCCGGCGAGUUAGACCUUUUGAUGACAGAGGGAGAGCGGCCAGAGCAGGUGCGCUGUUUCCGGGCAGAUGGACCUCAAAGCCCCGCCAUUUUCUUGCAGGCUACCCCCCAGAGCGACAUCGUUCGCCGUGUGGCGGGUUUCAGAUAUGAGAUGCUGCGGAAACAGAGCAGUGCGACUGGGGUUCGCCGAACGCUAUUGCAGGCUGCCUGUCGACCUUGCAAUGACACAGAACUCCUUCAAGCAGUUUGCAGCAGUGACUUUGUUGUCCGUGGUUCCAUCCUGAAUGUUACCCAUGACCUGGAGCAGCAGAUGUCAUUCGUGGGAGUCGGAGACGGGAGGGUGUACCGGCAGCGCAGUGGUGUGUUUGAACGAGAUGCUGGAAGCUCUGUGGCCUGGCACGGGUACAUCCACACUCUCCUGCAGUGCCAGGUGAAACCAGGGCCUGGCCAGUUUCUCUUCACUGGUGCUGAGCAUUUUGGGGAAGCCUGGCUCGGCUGUGCCCCCAGAUUCAAAGACUUCCUCUCACUUUAUCUUACAGCUCAAAGACUGCAGCAGAACCCCUGUGAAUUCCCCCUUGAUUAA